AUGUCCACCAACGGCAACAGCAACGGCGUUUUCGCCUACCACUCUGCCUCUACGACCGAGGCCAUUCAAGCGGAAAAUGACUUUGCUGCUCACAACUACCACCCACUACCCAUUGUUUUCUCCCGUGCUCAAGGUACCUCCGUGUGGGACCCCAAGGGACGUCACUAUCUUGACUUCCUCUCCGCCUACUCCGCUGUCAAUCAAGGCCAUUGCCACCCCGAGCUGGUCAAGGCUCUAGUGGAUCAAGCGUCACGCCUCACUCUGAGCUCCCGCGCCUUCUACAAUGAUGUCUUCCCUCGCUUUGCCGAGUUCGUCACUCGCUACUUCGGCUUUGACAUGGUCCUGCCCAUGAACACUGGAGCCGAGGCGGUCGAGACCGGCAUCAAGAUCGCCCGCAAGUGGGGGUAUAAGGUCAAGGGUAUCCCCGAGAACAAGGCUAUCGUUUUGAGUGCUGAGAACAACUUCCACGGUCGAACAUUCGCCGCUAUCUCUCUCUCCUCCGACCCCGAGUCGCGGGAGCACUACGGCCCUUAUCUGCCCGGUAUCGGCUGCACCAUCCCCGGCACCGAGAAGCCCAUUGCAUACAAUGACAAGGCUGCUUUGCGCGAGGCCUUCGAGGCCGCCGGGCCCAACCUCGCCGCCUUCCUGGUUGAACCUAUCCAAGGUGAGGCUGGUAUCGUCGUCCCCGACCCGAGCUACCUCCAGGAAGCUCGCGCCCUCUGCGACAAGCACAAUGUCCUGUUGAUCUGUGAUGAGAUCCAGACCGGUAUUGCCCGUACUGGCAAGCUGCUCUGCCACGAGUGGAGUGGAAUCAAGCCCGACCUCGUCCUUCUGGGCAAGGCUAUCUCGGGUGGUAUGUACCCCGUCUCAUGUGUGCUGGGUCGCAAGGAUGUCAUGCUCACUAUCGAGCCCGGUACCCACGGCUCAACCUAUGGUGUGGUGCAGGAGGAGCACAUGGUUGAGCGGGCUGAGAAGCUUGGUCACAUUUUCCGACAGGGCUUGCUGGACCUGAAGAGUCCCCUUAUUGAGACUGUGCGCGGAAAGGGUCUGCUGAAUGCUAUCGUCAUCGAUGAGUCAAAGACGAAUGGUCACUCGGCUUGGGAUCUGUGCAUGUUGAUGAAGACCAAGGGUUUGCUGGCCAAGCCCACUCACCAGAACAUCAUCCGUCUCGCCCCUCCACUGGUCAUCACUGAGGAAGAGAUCCAGCAAGCGCUGAAGAUCAUCCACGAGGCUGUGACCGAGCUGCCCACCCUGAAGGGCGCGAUUAAGCACUAA